AUGGCAGGUAGUAAACAAUUAACUAGAGAAGAUUUAAAGAAAAAUCAAAAAGCAGUCUACGUCCCUUUGUAUGAAGAUAUUUCAUCUGACGAGGAGUCAUUUGAUGUCAAAACAAAUAUCCAACCACAGCCAGUUUAUGCACCAGAACUUAAGGACACUUGGUCAGAUGAAGAGAUCAUUGAUGAACAGCCAAAAGAAGGAAAGGAUAGUGACAGCGACUAUGAAGGUCUGCAGGAUCCUCCGGUGCGACGUCAAUUACAGAAUAUCCUCCGACAGUAUCCUGACGGACCCCAGAUCAUCAGGGAACUGGUACAGAAUGCUGAAGAUGCUAAAGCCAGUACUUUCAAGGUUAUGACAUGUAUUGAGGAUAAUUUAGGGGAUGGAGAUUUUGACCCCAAAUACAAAAAAAUCUUUCAGGGACCAGCUCUAUGUACAUUCAAUGAUGGUGUUUUUACUGAAAAGGAUUGGAAAGGCAUUAAAACAAUUUAUGUCAGUGUGAAAGAAAAAGAUGAUACUUUUAAGAUUGGACGAUUUGGACUUGGGUUCAAAUCAGUAUUUCAUGUUACAGAUACACCUGUCAUUAUAAGUGGGGAUCGGUUGUUGAUUAUCAACCCAACCAGUACCACAGAAAGGGUUUGUCACAGUGUCACCUUCAAGAAGCUUACCUCAAGGUACAAAUUCACCCUAUGGCCAGUACUGAGGAAGGUCCUACACUUGGAUGAAGGAGGCGUUUUUGGAUUCAAAACAUCUAAUGUGAAGGAAGAACAUUUUCCAAAUACUUUGUUUUGGUUCCCUUUGAGAAGAGCACCAUCCACCCUCCUGAAAAAGAUAUACCAACCCUCAAGAAUGAAGGAAUUGAUGGAAUCAUUCAGAAGAGAGGCAGACACAACUCUGCUGUUUCUUCAAUACAUCAGCUCAAUCACAAUAAUGGAAAACAGGGACAGUGUAUUGUAUGAAGUGACUAUAGAGGGAACUGGUGCAUCAAAAGAUAAGUUUUCUGACUUACGAGAAUAUACAAGAGAUUGGUUAAAGGACACAAAUGCAAAACCAAAGGAUUCCCAAAGUAUUGCAUACAAUGCCCUGGUAAUCACCAGGAAUGGAAAAGAGGAUUCAGCAAAGAAAGCAGUGUUCAAAAUUGUCAAUUUUUACCAAGGCACAAAGGAAAUGUCCCAAGGUCUCAAAGAAUUGUCAGAAGAUGGAGAUAAUGCACCAUUUGUUGGAGUAGCAUAUCCUCUACAGAUGGAGGAAUCAUUUAAUGCUCAUGUGUUCUGUUUUCUGCCAUUGCCUUUUCAGUCCAGUAGUUUGACCAAUCUGCCUGUACAUGUGAAUGGGUUCUUUAACCUGGAUCCAGCUCGAGAUCAUGUUUUACAAGCCACAGCAGGGCAGGUUGGAAAGAGAGAUAAAAACAUAGAAUGGAAUGAGCGACUGAUUAAAGAAGUAAUAUCUCAAGCAUAUAUAAAGCUGAUUGAGGAUCUUCUCAAGGAAGGUAGUCCACGAGAGAUUGUCUGUCGCUGUUUGCCUGAUGUUCAGAAAGUUGAUAAUGCAUUGUGGAAACUCCUCCUUCAGCCUGUCAUGGAAAGUGUCCUCAGAAUGAAUAUCUUCCAGACUGAGAAGCAGGAGAAAACUUGGGUUAGUUUUGAACAGGCUGUAUUUGAUGUUUUUGUUGACAGAGAAAGAGAAGUAGCAGAGAAAACAAAGGAUGUAGUGAUAGAAUUGAUCAAAGAGUACGGUGAAAACUUAGUCAUAUUGCCAAAGCAUUUGAGAAUUUUAGUGGAGUCACAUACAAAGUACAGAUUUCUACCUGAAAUCCAGUCAAGGGUUAUUAGCACAGAAUAUGUAGCUAAUCUUUUGCUCAGAGAUCACCGAUAUAAAGAGAAGAAUAGAUCCACCAAAGUAAUACUUCUUGGUUACUUCUUAGAAUAUGGUCAUCAAGAAGUAUGGAAACAGCUGGAACUGUUGCCAACAAAUGACAAGACCCACUUUGUGUCUCUAGUAUCCACAGGAACUCUGUAUUUAUGCUCAGAAAGUGAAGCCGACUUAUUUCCAGAGUUGGAGAAGCAAUUGUUAUCUGAUUUGAGAGAAGAGAUGAAAGCCAAAUUGAUGACAAGUCAAACAAGUAAGUGA